UGAGAUUUUUUGCGGAAACAGACAACUAACGGUAUUUGUUGCUACUUCCCAUUUUUAUCAGCUGGUUUCUCACUCAGUUGUAAGUGUGAGCACCGUCCAUAUAAAACAAAGAGUUGAGUUUUGUUUUCAUGGCCUUUGUUUUUGUUUCAAUUUAUAUCAGGAAAAAGGAGUGUAAAAGGACGAAUGUAGUAAUUUUAUUUGAUUUAAGUCGAUGAAAAGUAAAAGGCAACUCUCACGUAAAAUGAAGUUAGCAAAAUGAAAUAAAAGAUACAUAAGUGAAAGAAGAACGAUUGUUAAUGUAAUACUUUAUUUAAUAUAAUUUCAAGUCAAUCGAAUUAAAAAAUGAAGAAAAUUUUAGUUAAUUGGUUUAACAACUUGAGUAAUCGAAGCCUUGUGAUUACCAUAUUGAUUUGCAUAUCCUUAAUAUACGUAUCGUACACAUUUAACUCAUGCCUAAUUACGAGUCUCGGACGCACCUUAAAGAAUAAUCCUUUUAGAAACCUUUUUAAAUCAUCAAUGUUGCAUGUCCAAAUUGCAAAUGUAGCAAAUAUGACUGUAAAGGAUGACAUAAAUGUAACAAGGACAAAGACUUCGUUAUAUGGAAUGCCAUUAGAUUCAUUGUCGAACAAAUCAGCGACUCGUAUUUUGGAUGGUUCACCAAAGUAUCGACUCUUACGACAGCAAGGAUCUAGACCAUUGCGCCAUUUACCAGACACUUUAAUCAUAGGUGUUAAAAAAUCCGGAACUCGAGCGCUACUGGAAUUUAUACGACUGCAUCCUGAUGUUCGUGCUGCUGGCUGCGAAGUGCAUUUCUUUGAUCGCCAUUAUCAGAAAGGUUUGCACUGGUAUCGGCAUCACAUGCCAUAUACAAUCGAAGGCCAAAUAACAAUGGAGAAAACACCGAGUUACUUUGUUACCAAAGAAGUGCCCUUAAGAGUCCAUCAUAUGAAUUCAAACACCAAACUUCUAGUCGUUGUUCGUGAUCCCGUUACUAGAGCUAUAUCCGACUAUACACAAGCAGCAAGUAAAAAAACAGAUAUGAAACGUUUUGAAGAGCUGGCCUUCGUCAACGGAAGUUAUGCAGUGGUCGAUACUAACUGGGGACCUGUGAAAAUUGGAGUUUACGCCCGAUAUUUAGAAAAAUGGUUACAGUUCUUUCAACUCUCACAAUUACUCUUCAUCAGCGGUGAACGUUUGAUUAUGGAUCCUGCUUAUGAAAUAGGAAGGGUCCAAGAUUUCUUGGGAUUGAAAAGAGUAGUGACCGAAAAGCAUUUUUAUUUUAAUGCAACUAAAGGAUUUCCGUGUCUAUUCAAAUCAGAAGCACGUUCAACACCACAUUGUUUAGGCAAAACUAAAGGACGCAAUCAUCCUCACAUUGAAACAGCGGCGAUUGAAAGACUGAGAGAUUUUUAUAGACCAUUUAAUAACAAAUUUUAUGAAAUGACAGGUAUAAAUUUUGCUUGGCCCUAGAUAUAAAACGACUAGGGCUCGUUAAAAAUAUAUAAAAAGACUUACGGUUGUAACACCUCCUCCGUUCAUAAUGAAAAACAGGUGUGUUGAGAAUAAAACAACGCACAAACUUGUAUUGAAAUUUAUAAAAUUUUCAAAUUAAUUUUUUUGUUCUUAUAUACAUAAUUCGAUACCAACAUAAAAAGCAUUUAUGAAACCACUUACUCCGAUAUUUAAAGGAGACAAAAACUUUAAAAUAAAAUAAAUAUUUUAUAACCAUAAUAUACUACUUAUUACACACAAUAGUUAAAAAUGCAUACUUACAUAUGAAAAUUUGUAGACUUUCUUAGAAUUUUUUAUUACUUGUUAAACUAUUUACUAUGUAUAAAAGUAGCUUUAUCAUAAUAAUUAGGAAAUAAAAAACAUAGUUCCUUCGGUAACAAUGGAAAGAUUUUAAUAUAAUACUGAAACAGUAAUCCCCUAUUUCAACUAAAAUAUAAGAUUGUAGUCUUAUGACCAUAUUCAAAAUAAAAUGUUAACUACUACGAACUGCUAUCAUUCCCUUAUGGAGAUUUACACACAAAUAAGUUAUACAUACACACAUACAUAUGUAUGUAUGGAUGUAUGUAUGUAUUUAUGUAUGUAUGUAUGUAUGUAUGUAUGUAUGUAUGUAUGUAUGUAUGUAUGUAUGUAUGUAUGUAUGUAUGUAUGUAUGUAUGUAUGUAUGUAUGUAUGUAUGUACAUAUGUAUGUAUAUAUGUAUGUAUAUUCUUGCAAAUAUCCCAUCAGUUUAAAAUCAAAUCAUAUUUUAAUGAAAUAGUUUUUCUUCGUUUUAUACAAUACAUAAUUAGAUAAUUUGAAAAUAAAUUGGUAAAUUGUUGUUUUCAGUCUCAACUAGUAAUUUAUCUUAGCCCUAUCAGGAACAGAAGUGACACAAAACUAGUCCCUUCUUCUUCAGGUGUAAGAUCCAGUUUAAGCUCUAACUACGUUCGUACUUUCAAAUAUUGCUAGGUCUAAACAUUAAUAAACGUUAUAAGCCCUGCAUAAUUAUCCACGUUAAGAAUCUAUUUAUUAAUAAAACAUAAGGUUUUUUAGAAAGCGUAAUCACAAUGUAGUAGUCAAAACUAUUUCAUAUAUAUUUAGCAGAUUUUUUUAAAUGUUUGACGAAACAAAGGAAGCUGCAACGGUUGGCAUUUUUGAAAAAAUAUUUUUCGAUUAUCGGUUAUAUGAUUUCACCAAGUUUUGUCUAGAAUAGAAAAAAAGAAAGCAAUAUAUUAUACCAUUUAUUAUAUGAUUAAUUGAGCAUUAAAUACCCUUUUGCAUAUUGCAAAAAUAUUAAUACAAUAAUUAACUUAUACAUAUUUAUAAACAUUUAAAUAAAAAUCUUAUUAAAUUUUGUACAAUAGAAAUAGUUGUGUUUCAUUUACAUAACGUCGCCUUAAACACAAAGGGCCGAUUGUACCCAAAAAAUUCAAAAUAAAUUUUUUAAAUUAAUUCUGAUAUAUAGCAUCAAAACAAAUAUUUACAUAUUUAGAAUAAAAACCUACAAAACUGGUCAUAUCUACUGCUCUAAAAGUUUAUAUUUAUAUAGUUUUAGCGCUAAUUUUAAUGAAAUUCAAAAUCAGUUAUUAAUGUUUUAUUUUGUUAUCAAACAGAAUUUUUAUCAAUACAUUUUAAAAUAAAUAUAGUGCACCAAUGAAAAUUCGCAUGAAAAUCAUCGAAUGUUCAUUGGUUAUAAGCACUCAUUUUAAUGAAUUACUAUUUUUCCAAAUACGAAUCCAUGCUCGCCAAUGACACGCCAAUGUUAAAAUCAUGCAUGUUUCAACUAAAUAUGAACCAGUUCAUUAUCAGUUAAACCCGUGCAUUUACUACAUUUUUUGCACUUUUUUUGCUGGGAAAAUUUAAAUACGCUUAGAGUACAUUACGUAUUGGCAUUGAAAU